AUGUCGACCUGCGCAGCUUCUUCGGAACCUAGGUACUUGAUCUGCGCGGUGCUGCGAGCGCUGGGUCUUUGGGAGAAGGAGGAGGACGAGGAAGGUCCUCCGAUCCUCGAAGCCCACGCUCAGAUCGAAGCCCGAGAUCCGCACGCAGCCCGCGCAGUCCUGGUUCCAAGCCCGAAUCUGGUCGCGCUAGUCCAGGUCCAAGCCCAGGCAGCUCCAGCUCGUUUUGCCCGCCUGGCUGAUGGAACGCGCGUGGACAUUGCCACGGUUCGCAGCCGAGGUGUCAGCCCACGGAAUGACGCCACGAGGGCAGACGCAAGACGCGGCAUGCGCGUGAACGAUGAUUGGAAGAUUCCGGUGGCGGAUGAGUCGGUGCCACAGGAGAUUCUGCAAAUGUGUCGCGUGGCCACGUUACAGGCGCAUGUGCGCCCCUUGCGCACGACGGAUACGGGCAUGUUGGCCGAUGCUUUGCUGCAAAAGUUGCGGCGUAGACUCGAGUCCAACCGGGGAGCGCGGACAGGACUGACCCGGAAAGGCCUGCCGAUGUCGCCGCAGCUAGGUGCAGUCGAUGAGAGCUACCCUGAUAAAGCCAACGAAAUCACCAAGAGUACCACUCAGCACAGGCAAGAGCACGGCAAGACUGGCACCCUCAUUGACAUGUGGGAGGACAUUGCCGAGCUCGGAGGCAAACACGUAGACGUCAUGCAGCCAGUGAGAUCAAAUGAUUCAACAGACGCUGUAGCCUUCCAAGGUCAGCUCGUUCACGGUCUUCGGCUUGUGGAGGGAGGUCUUUGCGCUGCUGCGAAGAAAGGAGAGAGCGGCGUUGAAGUUGGGCAGGCUGGACGUGGGUACUUGGACCAAGAGGACUACGUGACGACUCAAGUGUCGACGGCUGCCACCGUGGCGCUACUCUUGCCGGAAGCAGAGGUGGCCUUGCGCAAGUACCUAGCAGCCGGUGAGAAGAACUUGAAGUUCCGCAUGCAAUACCUUGCACGUGUCAGAAGAGUGCAUAGGAUCAUCAGCGCGUCCAUCGCGAUCUGUUUGCUCGUAUUGGUUAGCCCCAUCACGAUGGGAGAUGCUGUGACCUGGGCCGCGCCUUCUUUCUUCGUGCUCCUCUUUAUUCUAGUGACUUUGCAGCAAUUUGCUGCUCUGCGAUUCUACUUUGCAAACCAGGGCAAAACUGCCCGCAGACUACUCGACGUGUGCGAUUGUUCCAUCUGUCUUGGUUGCGACGGUCCCGGUUCGAUUCAUGUCCAGGUUGGUGUCCAUGCGGUCAUGGAUCGACUCCUGAUCCCCUGGCUGUCGCCGAUGAAGAUCACCAUGCUGUCGGUCUUAAGGGAAACGCCCGAUGAGAUUGCUGUGAUGGAGAAGGUUCUUGAAGCUUACAGGAGUUUUCCACAGGAAGAGGAGGAGAGCUCAGAGGAUGGCGAUGAAUCCUCUGACUACUCCUCAGCAAACGAGUCCUUCCUGGACGAAGACCCUGCUUCCAAGAACCUACCUGAAGUUCUCGGCUCCAAAAAGGUGAAGAUUCUGGUCAGGCCAAAGGCUGCGCGUCUUCGCAUGCGGUAUGAGCUGAUGCGUUCGCUUCCUGCCAGUGGUGAUCACCUGUUGCGGUAUCAACGUGAAGAACCGCUAAAGUAUGGGCGCCUGCUGCGUGUUCCUGGUCUGCUACCACCGCUUGCUCGUCGCGGCCCGAGAUCCAGAAAGCAAGACAAAGUCUUUAUGAGGAAGUCGACGCAGGCCUGCUUCUCGCCCACCAUGGAGAGCGACUGGUGCCACAAAGAAUCGCUUUUCCGCUUACGCCGGAGCCACUCGCUGGGCACCGGAGUUGCUUUCGAAAACAAGCCGGAGGAACGGGAGCCCAGGGACCACUGGAAUCUACACACCGAUAUCUUCGAUGAGCACUCCCGCUCUGGCAUCCCGCAGAUGCCCAAAGUCUACGAGCGGAUGCCCGAAAGGGGCUUGGUGGAUCAAUUUGAGAUGGUGGGAACGUUUAAACCUGCCCAAACUCGGUCGAUCAAAGAGGUGGCGCUCAACGGGCUCAUCACCGAUACCCGACUAGGUGACAGGCUAUGGAGGACCUUUGCAGCUCGAUUCUCAGCUGUGACUGGCAUGGAGACACGGUGCAGAGCUUGGUGUCGGCUUCCACAGCAGCGAGCCACAGCAGCUACUAACAGGGAAGAGCCAAGGCCUCAAGAUGCGUGGCAGCAGCCAGUGGAUGAAGCACUGCAGACACCGUCUCACAAGGCCUUCCUUCUCAUUAACCUGACCCAUGCAUGCAACAUCUGUGGCUGCCGCAUCCCUGACAGGCUGUGA